AUUCAACAGCUUACCAAAGAAUUUCAAGUGAUUGACCACGAAAAAGAUGGGUGCAGAAACGAAAGCGAUCUACGAGACAUUUUCAGAAACCUCGAAGGCAUAACCCCAACACAAACGAUAAUCGACGACCUCCUAUCAUUUAGGCCUCGAGAUACUUUUUGUGUAUCAUCAGUCGACAAACGCAUUAACUUCGCAAGGUUCCUCACUUUAAUGAACGAAACGCUGUUCGAAUUCGACACUGAAACAGAACUUCCGAUAACUUUUGCAAAUUUUCAUGAAAACGACAACGUCACAGUUAAAGAGGAGGAUAUACGAAGGUGGGUGACCGAAUUAGUGGAUCGAAUGAGUGAACAACACGUCAUUUUGAAAGGACUCUUCACGGGCAAACAAACAAACUUCAUCUAUCGGAAAUGGAUCAAAGUUCUUCGCGUCAAUGAAAAAGACAACGAAUUUGAAAGACAGACAAAACUUGACAAAUUGACUUACAAAUAUAUCUGA